UAAAUUUAUUCAAUAUAAUAUUUAUAUUGAACAUGACUCACAAAAAUUAAGUCAUAAUUUAUGAUAUAAAGAGAGAUGAGUUGCUCUUAUCCCCAUCAUUCAUUUUUAUUUUUGUAAUUUAAUUAAUUAUACGAAAAUGAAAAGUGAUCGAAGAUAGAAAGUAACUCAUUUAAAGAUACUCUUGAGUUGUUAUUUUCAAUUCUGUAGAUCUUGAAUUUAGUGUAUGUUUGGACUGAAGAUGAAAAGAAAUUGAAGAAUAUUAUGAAUGUGCAUGUUAUUUUUUAAGGGGGAGAUGUUGGUGCUGGUCUUCAGAAAUUUACUGUUCUAUACCAGUAGUAGUUUUAACGAUGUAAAAAUUAAAAUGUUCUUUUUCUGUAUCGUGGGAUUUACAUUGAUUCUAUAUAUGACCAAUGUAAUAAAAAUCCUGAAAAUAACUUAUGUUAAAUAGUGCUUCUGCAAUACUGAUUGUUGUAUUCCUCUGACAUUUCUAUGAGCUUCUCAUUUUCAAGGCAGCAUGACAUUUAUCUAGGUUGACCUUAUAAAUACCUCACUCUACAAAAGUAUAGCCAAGAAUUUUUUCGGCUUUCACCCCAAAUGUGCACUUGGCCAGAUUGAAGCUCAUAUUAAUUGUUCUUAUGAAACGGCCUGAACUUCGGUCAAGUCCAACAUUAAAUAUGCACCAACAAUUCUUCAAGCUAAAGGACAUCAUGAUAGCAGCAGAGGUUCGAGGGGAGAGGAGAGAGGUUCAAGAGAAAAGAGAAAAGCUGUCCUUGCUUCGAGGGAAGGUACCUCCUAGGGAGGCUAGUGCAGCAAUUGCAAGAGGCAGUGUUUUCGGGAAACUAAAAUUUGAGAGUGGAAUUCAUAGGGUCCAGCGAAUUCCUGUGACAGAAAAGUCAAGACAGAUUCAUACUAGUGUUGUUUCUAUUGCAAUCCUUCCUCAUGCUGAUGAGAGAUUCUUCAAUCCAUAGAUUUUUGCUCUUUGAAAGGAAUUCUCAGGGAUGUAUAUGUUGCUAAGACAUAGCUCAGGUUUGGCAUUGUUGAGGAUUAGUUGGGACCUUAUUUGUGUAGGAAGCAACAUUCCAUUGCACUGGUAGAUAUAAAGUGGAUGCAUACUUGUAUAAUUUUGCUGGCAAGCCUAAGACACUAAUGACUAGAAAAUGGAACGAGGCUAUGAAUUAUCAACUUUAUGACUAAGAGGGAGAACCACAUACUUCUAGGUAUUGAGCUGAAAGAGACGUGUUAUUCAACUUUUGUCACUAUUACACCAGUUUUUAUUGAUUAUAAAUGUUAUGCUAUGACUUAUAACAAGUCACUUUAUUCUAUUUAUUGUCAUUUUAACUCUUCCCAAAAUUCUAGUAGAGAUUAGUGACUUUUCCAAAAAUAUUUGUGUAAGCAUAUAUAUCAUCCUUAAAACUAUCCUUUUAAUAGUUUUGUACACUUAUUAGUUUUUAUGCAUAGAAUAAAUAUUUUUUGUAGUAA